AUGGAGCCGCCCGCCUCGACCUCUUCGUUUUCUCCUGCUCUUCGUCAUCUUCACUCCUCAUCUUCGUCCACCUCUUCGUCGCCAAACCGUCUUGCUCAGGGCCAGUUCAAUUUCGAAUAUCGUAUUCCUUUGCGCAAACGAGCCUUGACUGCUAGCGCCCAACAACACUCCCCCGCCGCCGCCGCUCAUCAUCCUGCUUCCCGGCGCACCAUCAGCACCUCUAGCACCGCUGCCCCGGUCCAUGUCCCUACGCACCGGAGAUCCGUUCCCAACUUCAGCCUCCCCCACGUCGCUGAGCUUUCUCGAAAGUCGUCUUUCCCGUCUCCAUUGUCCACGCUCAAUCAGAACAGUCUUCAUUCCCCCCGACCGCGCGAGGCCGAAUCCCCUGGCGACGACGCGUUGAAUCCCAAUGCGUCCAAGCGACGAAGACAAUCCGCCGUCAUUUUCCAAGAUCCAGCGAAUCACACUAUGCCCGCACCUACGCAGACCUAUGUGCCGUAUCGUCCUUCUUUUGCAGCCGACAAAAGUCGCGCCCUCAAUGGCGUCGAUAGACAGGCGCAAGACCCCGACGAGACCGUCACCAGCAACACUUCGCGCGAAGACAUCUUUCUCAAUAUCGCCAGAUCAGAUUCAGACCGUCGCAAUUCUUUAGCUCGUUCAGAAUUCAGGCGGUCCCGACUUGGUCUUUCUAGUGGCUCCUUGCGAUCUCCAACCUCCCGUGCACAUAGCAAUGACAACACCCCUUCUCCCGAACAAUUACGAUCGAGCAAUUCGCAUGCGCCCUUGCGUUCUCCUCUUCAUGCCACCUACGGUUCCGUGUCGUACCCGCAUUCUUCAGCAUCCGCUCACCCCCUCGAAGACCAUUCCCGCACGCGCUAUGCCGCUGUUGGUUCCAGCUCUCGAUCCUCCAUCGGUUUGCCACGAAGCAGAUUGAGUCGAACCAGUCCAGAUGCCUCCCCGCGUACCUCCUCCGGUACAGAUAGGCGAGCCUCAUGGCAGGACCCUCCUCGUAUUUACCCCAACCCCGCACUAUCGACUAUCCGCAGCAGUCGUCUACCCAGUUCGUCGGAGACCACCGAUCGUGUCCGCGUUGAAUACCCAGAAAAGAACCGCCAAGAUGGAACGGAGUCUACUCUCUCUACCAAUGCGCCAUCCACAGUCUGGGAUGAGCUGGAGGAUCUCAAGUCGCGCAUCCGCAAACUCGAGUUGACCGGCAAAUUACCGCCAUCAUCGCAAGCCGCCAUAUCUUCUGUUUCGAAUUCGGGAGGCGAACGACCUCGAACAGCAGCAACCACGGCAACAACCCUAUCCUCGUCGCCUAACCAUCGUCGCAAGGAAAGUGGCCCCUCAGCCGAACCUGAUACCGCGCCGGCCAAUCCAGUCCAUCCUCUUUUGCAAUCAGCGCUGGCCAAAUCCAAAACUGUGCUUAGCAAUGAUGUAUACAGAACCCUGGAAGCAACUGCGACAGAUGCGACAGCCUUAUCUACCAUUCUGGGCCCCGGUUCCGUUCCGUCAAGCAACGUUUCCGUGAUCAACGGGUAUAAUCCAUCCGACAGACAAUCUCGACGGAAGGCGGACAGUGUAUGUCGGGGACUGACAGAACUCUGUCUCGCAUUAUCAGAUGAUUACAUCAAGCAACAAGAACCAACGGCCCUGGAAGAAACCGUUCGGGUACCCCAACAGAAUGGUCACGCCAACCCUGAGCCAUCGACUCCUACACUUCCAUUCCAGCGGAGAGAGACAUUCGAACCAGAAGGUAUCAUCCGGCGACGGAGCAGUGCUCGUGUUGUUAGUCGAUUGGAAUCUCGUCGCACGAGUAUGGUAAAUGGAAACAGUCCUAACUACCACCAAGACGACCCACCUCCACUUCCUGAGAAGCCGCCACAAUCGCAACCAGAACCUCAGCAAACAACCACCUCUACCCCUAAAAGCCGGCUCACUCGACUAUCGACAUCAUUCCGGACACGGAGAGCACAACCAGAAGAAGAGAACACAGAGAAGGAAAGUUCCCACAACCGCACUCUCUCCCGAGCCAUGACCAUCGCGACACCAGCAACACAACCAAGCCGCCUAGCAGCACGACAACGCCUCUCACAAAGCUUCACCCCAUCCCAAUCCAUCCCCAACUCACCCCGCGAACCACAAACCCCCCAACAACCACCACCAACCCACCAACAACUCCCAACACCCACCGCGCAGCAACAAGAGCCACAAUCGGUUCCCCGCACCCCCAGCCUCUCUCAAUCCGCCAUCCCCCUCCGCAGAAGCUUCAUCUCCCACACCCCCGCGACAUCCCGCUCAAACAUCCAAUCCGGAUCCCGUCGCUACGGCCUCUCCAGCUUCUCCUCAACGACACCAAUCGAAGCUGAUAUCCCCGAAACACCCCAACAACCAACACCGGCGCAAACACAAGCACCAACGCCCUCACAAACAAGGAUCGUCGCACCCUCGUCCAAAAUUGCGGCUAGUUACACGCCCAUCCAGCAGAACCAGAGCCGCUCGAGGGCUAAUAGUCUGGGGACGAGACGGUUUGGGAUCCGCCCACGGCCGAUGGUGAAUGUUGAUAGCGUGGUGAAUGAGUAUAAUAAUGGCUGA